GCGCCGUGAGCUCCUGCGAAGGUUCCGCGCUCCCAAGUUGGACAUUUCGACACAAUUGAGGAAUGGGUGGGGCCACCCCGCAAGAUUACGGUAGGCGCGGGUCAUGUCUUCAGGUAGAAAUCCUCGGGCCAGAGGAGAAAGGCGGCUUUUGUUUUGGGCUUCCGCCUCGCAUUUAAUAUUCGCGCCUGCCGUCAAGAAGCUGCGGCGACGUAACCCACUUGGACACCGGCGUUCUUUGCUCAGGUAUAUCCUCCUUCCUUCCCUCCCAAAAUCUGCGGUUUGUUCGAUCAAAAUUAUCGUUGGAUUCUUUCGCCAAGAAUAGUAUCUCACGGCGAAACUGGCGAAGAGAUUUUUAGCCACAUCUGCCUGUGCAGUAAUUUUAAUGCUGAGCAACUCAAGAAUGGGAAGUGAGAUGAUUGGUGAAAGUUUUGACAGACUUGGAAGUUAUAGUUGAUAUUUUAUUCUUCAUGGGCUCUGAAGAGCUGCAGAAUAAACUGGUGAUCCUGUUUUCUUGACUGGAACUCCAUAGAUCUGAUGGGAAUCUGCUUUGGAAAGUGUGGGGGCCAUGGUGACUCUGAUGACAUAGAUUUCAGAGCGGGAAAUGUGCAUGCAAUUACUAGCAAAGAGAGCUGGAAUGAGAAGAUUGCAGAAGCAAACAAAGAUGGCAAGCUAGUUGUGGCAAAUUUCAGUGCAUCUUGGUGUGGCCCAUGCAGAAUGAUGGCACCUGUUUAUGCUGAGCUGUCUGAGAAGUAUCCUUCUCUCAUGUUCCUGGCAAUUGAUGUGGAUGAGCUGAUGGAUUUCAGUUCAUCAUGGGAUAUUCGCGCAACUCCAACGUUCUUCUUCUUGAAGGAUGGGCAGCAGCUGGAUAAGCUUGUCGGUGCCAACAAACCUGAACUUGAGAAUAAGUUAAAUAUGCUUAUUGAAUCCUCAUCCCAGUUCUCCAAGUGAAUCCAUCUGGCUAUUGAGAUGAUGA